CGCCACUCCGUCGCCCAAUUUCUUCAACGUUGCGGCUUGCAAUAUAAGAAUAUCACACUCGACGAAGCGUGGUUAUCCGAAUGCUCUAAGGAAGCCAUCAACCGUGGCUAUCCAAUGGACGCCAUCCAGCCAUACAUGGCUGUUGGCGUGGCCAUAAUGUCCAACGCUUACAUCCACCUCCCAGACCAUGCAACCAAGAUAUGGAUCUGCCUCUUCACCGCCGUAUGCACUUGCAUCGACGACAUGACCAAGUCAGAAGAUCUAGUGCAUUUGUACCGUUUCAACGAGCGGUUCAUGAAUUGCCAGCCACAGGGGCAUCCAGUUAUGAAUGCGCUUGAUGAGCUCAUACGGGAGGUCACUUGCCAUUAUUCCGCGACGGUGUCAAAUUUGAUCGUCACGUCCUCGCUCGACUUCAUGACUUCCAGCUUACUUGACAGUGAGACCAAAGAUAUGCCGAUCUCGCUGCAGGCUCCCUCGUACCCCGAGUUCUCUAGGCUGCUAUCAGGCUUGUCGACUGCGUACGGACUCUGCAUUUUCCCUUCCACACUCCCGCUUCGGGAAUACGUUCAAUGUAUGCCGGAUCUAGCCAUAGUCAUAAACCACACAAAUGAUAUAUUGUCAUACUACAAAGAGGAGAUCGAAUGCGAAACCGUCAACUACCUGUCACUUAUGGCAGCAUCUCGUGCUCUCACCAAAGAGGACGCUCUCUCUGAGCUUAUCGAAACAACUGUACGAGCAUAUCACAAUGUCCUCGAAUUUCUAAGGCCGCGUCCUGUGGCAUAUAACGCUUAUGUCGCGUUUUUCGAUGGGUAUGUCAAAUUCCAUGCUACCUUGAAAAGGUACAAGCUGGAAGAGGUUAUGUCGGAGAUGUCAUCUUGA